AUGUCCGAGAAACGGUUGCUGGUUGCUGAUGAAUUGCAUUCUCCGCCGAGAAGAAAUUUUCCGCAAAAACAUGUAAUAGUACACGGAUACGAUGACCUGUACCAGGCGGAUGUAGUCAAGAUGCAUCCUUAUACUCGAAUCAACAGAAGUUACCACUACAGUCUCACAGUUAUCAAUGUGCUGAGUAAGCACGUACAGGCCGUGCCGCUUAAACUCAAGAGCGGAAACGAGAUGACGCAGGCGAUCAUCACAAAGAUAAUUCGUGGUGAUGGGAGAUACCCUAAAAAUUUGCAGACUAACAGAGGAAAGGAAUUUUACAACUCGGAUGUGCAGAAACUCUUGAAAAAGCACAACGUCGAUUAUUCUACAUAUUCCGUAAUGAAAGCUCGGUCGUUGAACCGUACGGUUGAAGAAUAA